CGUGGUUAUCAUAUACCUGACCUUUUCAUUGAGUUCUUUGAUCGCACAAAUUCAGAAUCAUAUAAGAAAUCACGAAAAUCCUUUGAUGAGAAUGAACUAAAUUUAUAUUGUCAAGCACUUGCACCAUAUGCUACCUCAUCAUGGAUGUUAAAGGAAAACUUUAAUUGGCUCCGUGAUGCAUUUGAUAAUUUCGUUGUUGCUAUUUCAAAUUAUGUUAAUUAUUUGCGACAACAUCGUAAUACUACGGCUACAAAUCAUACAUCAGAAACUCCCAUACAAACUGUUAGUCAAGCUACAACAAUCCAGAUCUAUAAAGAAAACAUUUGGAUUACACCAGUCGACAGGAACAAAUAUUAUCAUCUUGAACAAGCACUUAUAAAUUUACCACUAUGGAAACCAGUGGAUGUUAAAGAAUUCUUACCAACUGACCCU